AUGUCGCUGCCAGGCGCGUCGGGCAACAGUUCAUCGGAGGCAAUUUCCCAUGCCCUCACCCCCUUUGGCCGUGCUGCGAGCCGCAAAUACAUUACGAGAUCCUUUAUUUUCAGCUUUGCAGAGUACCAGAACCACGACUACUCUGAAGUGGCCCACGCUUUCGUUAAAAUGCUCGAAAACGUCUUGCUGCGAUAUCCAUUUUUGGCUAACCACAUCAAGAGCGACAAACAUGGCUUGGCUGAACUCAAUCCGCACCCCAGACCUAGCCCUGCGCCCCCCGAAGAGUCUACGGCAUCGAAUCCACCAGUUCCUGUAGACUUGACCGAUCUCGCGAGCGAGUUAUGCAAGUGCCAAAUCCACGCUAGACGGUUCCAAAAUGGCCGCAUCGACUUCCUCGAGAAGGAGGGCUUUGCGCCUCAUUGGUUUCGCCAAGAGAACACCUGCUUCAUCCUGGACGAUGCCGAGGUCGACUGGGAGAUUGGAAUGCCUGCCAUGACCGUUCAGGCUGACUUCCUUAACUCCAAGACUUGCAACCUCAUCCUCUCAUUUGCCGUCCAUCAUUCUCUGGUUGACGAGACGUCGAUGAAUUUGAUUUUCCAGGCUUUUGCGGCAGACCCGCCACUUUCCUACGCAGAGCGCAACCUUGCGGGAUACAAGUUGAACCUCAACAAGUACCGGCCAACGAGACCCUUAGCCAUUGAUCGCAUCCCCGAGUAUGAAUUCGACAAAGCGACGCCAAUUAAAUGGCCCAAUCUCGAGUCUAAGCCUACCAAUGCCAUUAUUACCAUUACAUCUGCUCGUCUGAAUCGGUUGGAGGUGGAAGUUGAUGGACUGCUGGCUCAUCAAGGGGGCGGUUGGCGGGUCUCAAAACUCGACUGUUUGAGUGCCUGGUGCUGGGUUGCCAUCAUAAAGUCCAGGUUACCGGGAUUCGGUCCUAAAGAUGAGAUGUGCUCUGCCACUGCCGUCAAUGUGCGGCCGAAGCUGAAUCCGCCGUUGCCCGAGACCUUCUUUGGUGAAUGA